UUUUGAUGGAGAUUUUAUGAAGAUUUGAUGAGGAUUUGAUGGAGAUUUGAUGGACGUCUGAUGGACGUUUCUUGCAAGAUUAUGUUCUGUCUCCAAAGUUAUUAUCUGAAAAUUCAGACAAUUUUGCGGCCAAUGAGUUCGUCAUCUGUUCAUGAGACACAAAUGGAAAGUGAUGCUGAUGGCGAUCGCGAUGGCCAUGGCGAUGGCGAUGGCGAUGGCGAUGGCAAUGGCGAUGGCAAUGGCGAUCCUACCGUCUUCACCCGAAUCGAACGCCUGGUCACGAUAACCAUAUUUGUUGGUCCAACUUUCAGUCCAGAUACGGCGAUAAUGACCGGGCGUCCUGUUCGAGUGAAGACGGAAGCUGUGCAUGCGGCCAUGCGUAGAUGGCUGUGGAGUCUGUGGACUCUGAAGUCAUCUGAUGAUAUGGCAGAAGAGAGGAUUUGAUUUUUUCAGAACAUUACACGCGGUGAACGUUGUUUCUUUAUGUGUUUGUGUGUUUGUAAUUUGUUUCCAGAAAGCUGCAUGCAGUAGAUUACUGUUCUGUUUGAGAAAGUAAUACUGUCUUUUAAAUUAAUGAUGAAUUCAGGAAUGAGGUUCAAUUUUGUAGUUGCUAGUAUUUCUUCUAAGCUGUGAUUAAUCCUCUUUUUUCCUUUCUUGUUUUUCAAAGGGCGACGGCCUUGAAAUGACAUGCCAUCUUCCAACUGACCGGCUCUGGGGAAAUUAGUAAAUUACUAAGUUCAGA